CAGAUUAUAGUCAAAUCAGUCAAACUGAAAGAAGAGAAAUUCUCUUCUUCUUCUUCUUCUUGUUUAUUCUGUCUUCUGUGACUCUGAAUUCUAUAAAUUUUUAUGUGUUAUUGAUAGGAAAAAACCCACAAAACUAUAGUUGACUAUUUAAGUGUCUUUUUGUUCAUUGGAUAGAGGAGAAAAGAAAUGGUUUGGAGAGGGAUUUUGGGGUUUGAAUAUGGGAUUGUACAAGCACCAUUAGGACCUGAUAUUUCUGGUCCAGAGCUUGUAGCUGCUGUGGCUAAUGCUGGUGGUCUUGGCUUCCUGAGAGCUCCUGAUUGGGAGUCACCUGAUUAUGUACGGGGAUUGAUAAGGAAAACACGAACCUUAACCGACAAACCCUUUGGAAUUGGUGUUGUUUUGGCAUUUCCGCAUGAGGAAAAUGUAAAGGCCAUAUUGGAUGAGAAAGUUGCAGUUUUGCAAGUUUAUUGGGGUGAUUGUUCAGAGGAGCUUGUACUCAAAGCUCAUCAGGCUGGAGUCAAGGUUGUUCCCCAAGUUGGGAGUUAUGAAGGUGCAGAAAAAGCCAUUAGUGUUGGUGUGGAUGCAAUUAUUGUCCAAGGUCGUGAAGCUGGGGGGCAUGUAAUUGGUCAGGAAGGCUUAAUUUCGUUAUUGCCAAGGGUAGUUGAUCUUGUUGGCGUCCGGGGUAUACCCGUAAUUGCUGCUGGCGGCAUUGUGGAUGCACGUGGUUAUGUUGCCGCACUGGCCCUUGGGGCUCAAGGGGUCUGUCUGGGCACUAGGUUUCUUGCAGCUGAGGAAAGCUAUGCUCAUCCGAUAUACAAGAGGAAGUUGAUUGAACUCAGUAAAACUGAGCAUACGAAUGUGUUUGGUCGGGCCCGGUGGCCUAAUGCACCGCAACGUGUUCUAGUAACACCUUUCUUCAAUGACUGGAAAUCUCUCCCAUCUCACGAGAGUGAGAUCAACCAACCUGUUAUUGGCCGUUCAACAAUAAAUGGCGAGGAAAAAGAGAUUCGCCGUUUUGGAGGCACUGUUCCAAAUAGGACGACAACCGGUGAUAUAGAAAGCAUGGCGAUGUAUGCUGGCCAAGGCGUAGGACUUAUCGAUGAGAUUCUUCCUGCAAGUGAAGUUGUCAAAAUGUUGGUUGAAGGAGCUCAACAAUUGAUACAGCAAGAACUCAGCAGCAAGUAAUUCAAUGGCAGCCGGCCUACCGCCAGAUUACUGGCUAAUUCCUUUUCUGGUAAGAGAUGAACUGAGUUUGCAAUUUCACUCGAUUUGGAUAAUGCCAUGAACGGAGUUUGACAAAAUGUUUGAAGUCCUGCCAUCUUGAAGAAAUUAUACAAAAAUGUUUUGAAGACAAAUUGUCAUUGUCAUUGAUUGAAGAUGACGGUCAAUGAAUUCUCUAUCUAUUGGUGAAAAUUUUUCUUCCAUAAGUUUCUUCUGUUUU